GGCAGCUACUCUGAUAACAAGGGCCUUUAUAAGUCAGAAGAGAUGAGCAGUCAGUCCGUACACCCUUGAUCCUCAGAAAGAUGAACAUUUAUCUACAAGUUGUGAUCUUUGCUGUGUCACUCUUGACAAUUUCAGCAUACCCAGUAAACAGUGACAGCAGAGGGCAAACCUGGGCUGAUGCAAAGGCCAACCAGGCUCACGACAAGACAGACCUCACAAAAGAUGUGCAAAAAGUUUACAAGAGCAACAUGGAUAUUAGUACACUUUAUAGCCAAGAAGAUGAUGACAACCCUGUGGCAGAGGAAAUGCAGCGCAAGCUCACCAUGGAGUCUGAGCGUCUGCGCAUCCGUAUGCGUCAAGAGCUGGCAGAGCUGCGAGAGAGGUUGUCCCCAUCUUCAGCGCAUCUCAGCUCCACCCUAGCCAGCAUGAGGGAACGCUUAACUCCCCUGACUCAGCAGCUCCAAGGCUCCCUUAGUAGCAACAGCCAAGAUCUGUGCAGCCAGCUGAACCUGUAUCUACAAGCAUUAGACACAGCUGAGGCUCAGGAGGAGGCCAGUGCAUCUCUCUACCAUGAAGCCUUCAAGUGGAUGAGCCAAACCCUGGAGCACAGCAGUUUUAAGUUUGCUAACAUCAUCGGUGACUUUCAUACCUCGGCCAGUGGAGCGAUUGAACAUCUGAAACAGACUAGUGAGCCAGCAGCGUCAAAUGUAUGGCUGGAAAUUAGUUCCAAGUUGGAACAGGAAGUGAGUUCACUUAAAGACGAGGCCCAGAACAGGGCAGGGGCCCUGAAAACACAGCUUUCUGUAGUGCUACAAUCUGCACAACCUCGUAAGGAAGAAGUGAGCAGCGCUGUGGAGCAGUUCUGCCAAAAUGCAUCCCGGCAGAUCCAAGUGCUUCAAGCCCGAAUGGAAAAAAUAUUUGCAGGGUUGGAAGAAGAGCUGGUGGUCCCAAGAGCCUCCAGCUUGUUUUCUUCUUCAUUUAUUCUGCAGAGUGGCACUUUGCGGGAGGAGUUCUCAGUUAGACUCUCUGCUCUGAUCCAAGACAUUAUGAACUCAAUGCAGUGACAACAAAAACCUUUAUUCUUUUUGCUUGCCACUGUACCCACACAGUAAGUUUCUUGUAAAUAUGUCUGAAUGUGUAAAUUUGAUCCGUUUGUUUCAUUCUCUUUGUGAACAAGUGAGUAAUUGUUAAUAUGUAUUAUAUGUAUAUAUCUGCCUUUUGCGAGUAAAGGUAUUGAUGAUA